UCUCUCUCUCUCUCUCUCUGUCUUGCCCUUUUGCAUAUCUCUCUCUCCCUCAUUCUUCACCUUUUUGCUAUCUCUCUCUCUCUCUUUAUUGUGUUGUUCUGUUUGUUAUUCAGUGUUUAGUGUGUCCUCCAGCAAUAAUGAGUGACACAGAGUUGGAAGAAUUAAAAAAAAAAGUCACUGAUCUCAUUGAUGAGGAAGAUCUGCUGAUGCCAUCCUCACCGGAGCCAGCCCCAUCCACCAGCCAGCCCGUCAAGUGGGUUAAGAGGGACAGUGAUGGCAACAUCAUCUUUGACAGGCCCAGGUCCUCUCGCAGACCACCUAGUGAGAGGGCUGGUGGUCAAAGUCAACAUCGUCAUCGAGCCCAUGCCAGGGCCACAGAAAGCACCAGUGCAGAUGCUGCCACAGAAAGCACCAGUGCAGAGGCUGACUGGUUGGGUAGUGAUACCACUGAGUCCUUCCUGCAAGAGUUGCAGCAAUCAGUGGCCACCAUGGAGGAAGAACCAACACCACAAGCUGCAUCAUGUCAUUGGGGCGCUCGGAAGGCCCUGCAUUUUGAUUGGUGGGUCAAAGAGAGGCCCCAGUUCCUGAAUGCUGUGCUGGCAGCACAGCAUGGUGGAAGGCAAGUCUGCCAACAUUGUGGACGUGAGGAUGCUAUCAUUCGGUGUCGUGAUUGCCGACCACGUCCAUUCUUCUGUUCACAAUGCGAUGUCCACAGACACAGUGUGGAUGUCCUCCACAACAGGGACACAACUGUGUCUGGCUACUUCCAGCCUCUACCUCCCACAGAGUGUCUAUCGGAGGGGACUAUUACUCAGUGUGUGCGUCUUGUACCUCUCGAGAUGCCCAAGACCAUUUGUGGUUGUGCUUUGGGAUCCCAGAGUGUUCACCCUGGGAAAUCUGUAGCUGUGGUCACAAUGAAUGGCCGAUAUGAUCUCAGUUUGCCUGAAAUGAAGUGUGCAGAGUGCAAUGCCUCAUGGAUUGCUGAAGUGGGUGACUUGGUCAGGAGUGACUACUGGCCGGCUACAGAGCAUUUUGCAACUGUAUAUGCAAUGGAUGUGUUCUCCUCCUAUGAAGACAUGAAGAUGGCGGCUCCAGGCCUUUCUUGCCAGGCAUUCCUAAGGAUGAUAGACCAACGAACGAUCCGCUUCGGCCGUAGUGGCAAGGUCAUAGCGGAUAGCUUCCGCAGGAGCUUUUUGGAGUGGGAGGCGGUCCAAUUUGAGGUGGACGGCCUGUGCAAGGAGGACCAUUUUGCUUGCACUGCUUGCACUCCCGAGAUGCUUGCCAUCUGUGUUGAUGGGAACCGUAAGCAUUAUCGGUUUAAGAGUGCAGCAAGAACCGAGGAACAAACCCCGAUAUUUGGGGAUGCGUUCAUCGCCCUAGAUGAGGAGGUGCAACGUUUUGUGGAGGCUGUUCGCUCUAUGGCCCACCAUGUCCCUGGAAGUGGUUUUUGUGGGGGACAGUGGACAGCAGCGAGGGAGACCUCACGCAGGUCUAACAGCAAAGUGGAUGAGGAGGGCCUUGAGCUGGCAGUUUGCAGGCACGGGGUCCUUCUACAUGCCCUGAACAUGUUCAGAGGGGAGAUUUUCGCGUACCCUAUGUACUUGCAGAAUAAGCUUGCAUGUAAAUCUCCAAAGUUUUUUGCGAUGGAUGUGUGCUGCAAAUACUGGCCAUAUUUGCAAAAGGUGGCAGAGAAAUGUCCGGAGCUGCAGCACCUCCUCAAUAUGAAGCCUUUUUUAUCAGUGUUCCACGCUAAAGCCCAUGACUUAAAAUGUGAGGUCAAAUGGAGUGGGGCCUACCAGGAAGGGGCCGGAUCAACACUUGGGGAGGAGGUUGAGCAAUGUAAUGCCUUCCUCUCCAGGAUUGCAGUGACAACGAAACACAUGUCAAAAGCUGGACGUACAGAUACACUUACGCUGAUGGCCAUGCGGUGGAAUCAGCAGAAGCUCAAUAACUUGGCUACUGCACUUGCUGGCCGAUAUCAGAAGGCCACUAAAGCAUUGGAAAUCCAUGUUCAGGACCUGGAGGUCAUGAAAAGACAACUAUCAGUGACACAGGUUGAAGUUGCGGGCUGGGUCACUGAUAUAAAAGAGUGGGCAGAAGCAACAACGUCUCAUUUGGAUGUUGAUCUCCAUGCUGUGGCAAGUAGGAUCGAGGGGCUGGUGGCGAGUAUAAAGCGGAGAUCCCAGCGACUUUACAGAGACCAUGAUGGCUGCAAAAGUCGGGCCCGCUUUCGACGGAAAAUAAGAGAGGAGAAAGCCAUUCUCAAGACUGUGGUUGAAGUGUACAACACCAUGGUCCCAGACGGGGAAAAAAUUGAAUUUGACAGUGUGCUUGACACUGAGACAGUCUGGCCAUGGCAUCUUUUGCAUGGUGUCUUAAGUAACUGUUUUCCAGAUUCGGUAGACAUGAAAACAAAGAGGAAGGCAUUUGAUCUGGCGAUGGCCAUCAGCAGACUUGAGGAAGAGCGGAACAUCGUUGCAAAAGAAAUGCAGAAACACUGGCAGUCUCUCUCCACCCAGACAGACAUAUUGAAACAACUCUCUUGCUCCCUUUCCACAGAUUCCUGGAGAAGUGGCCUAUCAGGGCUGGGUGAAGAGGCAAUGAAGGGGCUCCAUAGCGUUCUCCUGAAAAAGACGAGGAAACUCAUGGGCAUGAUGGAGCAUGCAAGGCACUGCUACGCCAAAGUCCUACAAGGGGCCAAUCUAGACAUUACUGAAGACUCGGAUGAUUUUGACAGUGAUGGUGAACUGUCAGAGUGAACCCUGAUUGCUUUGCCCCAUAAUCCACUCACUCACCAGAAGAGUCAGUCUUUUGGCUUCUGUCCCAUGUGGUGAACAUUAUUAGAAUUUUUAGAAUUCUCAGUUGAAAAUAUUUGGGAAAAUCUAUAGGGCUACUGUAUAUAUAUACUAUAUACUGUACACUGUUUGAUAUUUGUUUUUCAGUAUUGCUCACAUGCUUUUUGUGUAUUUUUAGUUAUAGAAACUGAUUAGA